AUGACUGCCCACGCAACGCCACGAGAACCUGCUUCUGGUGACCUGGUUAUUGAAGCAAGGGUAGAACAACUCACAGCAACAUUAGAUCGACAGCGGGAGGCUUGGUCGCAAGUCGGUAUGGCAAAUCCACGCCUUCCAUUCCUGUGGCCGAACUUCUUUCGUGCUGUGCGAGCCUGUGAACCGACAACGUACAGAUCAAUUCGCACUCCUCCUACAGGAAAAGCCACUCGCAAAGCAAAAUUCCAUUCUACCAGCAGGCGCUGUCAGGAAGCGAUCGUGCAAAGAUAUGGCCAGGCGGCAACACAAAACCUUCCACCUCCAUCGAAACCAGACGAAGCUUUGUCCCCCACGAACGAGGCGAAGCAGGUCUCCUCCACAAAACAGGAAUCUCCAAAAUCCUCCCAGCCCUCCUACAAAGCCAAGCAUACCGAGGAAUAUGUAGGACAAGAUGACCCUCAAGAGUCCAAUACCACGUCCGACUAUAUCGACGAAGCCUCGUUCUCGAAGGACUCCAAACAUGAGGUCAAGACAUCAGAGGAAGGGCCUCUAGAAAAUAAAGAGCUCGAGAUGGUGCUCUCCAUUCCUUCACCAUCUGAGAUUAAAGGCAAGGAUGGAUCGCGGCAUCCACAUCUCGAACCAUCUCCCUAUGAGCAUCACUUCGACACGUACAGUCUGGUGCAGCAACUGGCCUCAAAAGAGCCACCAGCAUACACGGAAGAGCAAGCAAUCACUUUGAUGAAAGCAAUCCGUCUGAUGCUAAACCUAAAUCUGGAUUUUGCAAAAGAAGGUCUCGUGUCAAAAUCCGACACCGAGAACGAAUCUUACCUCUUCCGUGCAGCCUGUUCCGAGUUGCGCACCACGUUGCAGACCGCGCGACACACCGAGACGCUGACACAGCGCUCCCAUCGCGCUCAAUUACAGCAUGAGUACGACAUCUUGAACCAGAAAGUCACUCAGGAUCUGUUGACUCUACGCGAAGAGCUUAAGGGUCUGUUCAACGAUCGGAAACUAGGUCUGCAGGAAGAGAAGCGUAAGAUCGACAGCAAGAUUUCAGAACUCAACUAUGAGAUUACAGUUCUGCUGAACAGCGAGGCCAAAAGCGAAGUCGAGGGUCUGAGAUGGGUAUUGACUCGUCGCGCAGCGUUUGCGAUCGGCAUGUGUGCCUUCAUGAUCAUCUCAACGCUGAACUACUCAUCCAUAAAAUCCCGUGGGAAAGAGGAGAUGGAGAAGAAACGCGAGGCAGCGGCCAGAGCGCAUGAGGAGAAAGUCGAUGCCGCUGUCGCCGCCAGAUUUACCACCCCCAGUCGUGAGCAGGGCACUCAGACUGCCGAGUUUGAGGGGAGCAUGGGGUGA